GCUUGGGAUAUUCCACUGCAUAACCCUCUUUCAUACAACCCAUAACCAAAUCAUAUGAAAGCUUCACAUGUUUUCUGUGUGUCUUUUACUACUGUGGUGCCCAUACAAUUUAGCCGUUCUGAUUAAAAAGCGUAGCAAAAGCAACCCACUCAAAUACUUUCCCCUAUGUCUUCAGAUAGCAGACGGGCUACUAUUAGCAGUAGUUCCCAGGGCUGCCGCCUCAAAAGGAAAUCGCUCCUCCGAAAGCCGCAUCUUUCACAAGCCUUUUCCAGCGCGCACGCGCGAGCGAGCGACAAAAAAAGGAGCAAGAUAUUUUUUUCUCCCACUCUGUCCAAUCAGAAUCUAAUAGAGUUGGCUAAUCAUGAUAGCUCCGCCCACUGGAUUCAUGUUUUCCGGUUGUUAAGCUUGGACCUCUGAUAACGCAACGCUUCUGUGCGAAAGCAGCGCUUGUCAGAAAACAUCUGGUUUCUUCUGUGAAGAAGAAAGCUUAAGGAAGAGAAUGUAUCAAUGCUGCCCCUAACUGCCAAGAUAGCUCAAGAUAGCAAGCAGAACAUGGCCAAGGCAAAGAUUGUCGUCGUUGGGGCUGGUCUGAUCGGUUUAUCCACCGCUGUGUACAUUUCAGACUCCAUUACAAACUGCACUGUGUCUGUCAUAGCUGAUAGAUUUUCUCCUAACACGACCAGCGAUGUUGCUGCAGGGAUGCUCAUCCCACAUCUUUAUCCAGGCACACCUGUUGAUCAGCAGAAGCAGUGGUUUAGGGAGACUUUUGACCAUCUGUUAUCCAUCUGUAAUUCCUCAGAGGCCUCAGAAGCUGGGAUUCACUUGGUAUCUGGCUGGCAAAUAUUUAAGGACAUUCCUGAGGAGAAGACGCCAUUCUGGUGUGAUGUGGUUCUGGCCUUUCGCUCAAUGACUGAAAAGGAGCUGAAGAGAUUUCCACAGCACAAAUAUGGUCAAGCUUUUACCACACUGAAAUGUGACUGCCCAUCGUAUUUAAUUUGGCUGGAGAAAAGGCUGAAAGAAAAUGGAGGCCAGGUGCAUGCAAGGAAAAUAGAAGAUCUUUGGGAGCUACACCAUGAUUUUGACAUCAUAGUAAACUGCUCAGGCAUUGGUUCCCGAAAACUUACAGGGGAUCUAGAGCUAUACCCCACCAGAGGGCAAGUUCUCAAGGUUGAUGCUCCUUGGAUCAAGCACUUUAUUCGUGAUGGUGAUGGUUUGACCUACAUCUAUCCAGGGAUACAUAAUGUAACAUUAGGUGGGAUAAGAGAAAAAGACAACUGGAAUUUGUCCCCGGAUCCCAUUAUCAGCAAAAACAUAUUUGAUAGAUGCUCCACACUUGAGCCUUCACUUCGGACAGCUGAGAAUAUAAAAGUGAGGGUGGGCCUGAGGCCAUCUCGGUCAGCUGUGAGAAUACACAAGGAAGUGCUGACUCACAAGCAUGAGAGGUUGCUGGUGGUUCACAAUUAUGGCCACGGGGGAGGUGGUUUUUCAAUACACCAGGGUACUGCCAAGGAGGCAACUCAGCUGGUUAAGGAGUGCCUUGAAACCCUGGCAAUACCUGGGUAUAAGGCAAAGCUGUAAGUAGGAAUGGAACAUUUCUCUUUUGAUCCAGUAGUCUAGCCCAGUGGUUUCCAACCUUUGCAACUUUCAGACCUGUGAACUUCAAC